AUGAUACUACCCUCCCGAGAACGACGACAUCCCAAUCGAAAAGACGAGAGAUGUCUACACAGAACACGAUGCGGCGGUGACAUUGGAUACGAAGCUGUGGCGUCUGGGACGAGGGCGGACGGCAGCUUCGAAGACCUCUUCAUUCGCUCCCUAGUCGCUGCCUCGUCAUGUCGAGAACACAGAAAGGAGGACUAUCGACUGGGGGAAACGAGACGGAGACCUAUCAUCAGGCCAGAUAGCCAGCGAUAUCAUGCGAACAGGAGAUGGCUUUCGUCACAGCCGCAGAAGAAGCAGAGUGCUGCAGCCGCCGCCGAACUUCCUGCACUUCCAGAGAUAUCUCGACAUGAGUACAAAGAGCUGGUGAAUACCUACCCUGAAUUCGACACCAAGGUAGAGCGUCGACGGAAGAAAGUAGAGCACCAACCGCUGGCCCCUCGCCUAGUCUUGACGCCUCUGGAAGAGCUCAGUCGAACUCCAGGGCAACGGGAGAUCUUACCACCUGAAGGUCCUGUGCAUGCAGCGAACAUCAGAAACUUUGUCCGAUUGCUCAAGAAGCCAUUGGGUCGCAUCUCGCACGACAAGGUGUGGGAAUUGUACCAAUUCAUACAGUCGCCGCGCCCUCGAUAUCUGGACGAUGAUGUAUUUGCCAGAUUCUUUAGACAGCUUUCUUGGAUCCAGUUCAAGGACUCCGAAAUCACUAUGCAACGAUACUUCGAGCUCCUGGACGAAUGCAUUGGAGAAGGCGUACCCCUGAGCAGAGAGGUGUGGAAUGGCGCCAUCAACUUUGCCGCACGUUGGCUUCGUAGCGCCACUAGCAAUGAGGUCAAAGUCGCCAUUGAAACAUGGAUGCGCAUGGAGAAUGCUGGACAUGAGGCUGAUAGCGUCACUUUCAACAUCCUCUUUGGUGUUGCUGUACGCGCGGGACGCUACGCCCUUGCAGACACCAUCUACGCAGAGCUCAGAUCCAGGGACUUACCGAUCAAUCGCUAUUUUCGAGCGAGCAUGAUCCAUUAUGCUGGCGUCAAAAGAGAUGGCGAUGGGGUGCGGCAGGCCUUUCGAGACUUGGUCAAUGCUGGCGAAAUCGUUGACACGGCUGUCAUGAACUGUGUCAUUCUGGCUCUCAUUCGAGCGGGAGAAGCAGCGGCAGCAGAGAACGUCUUCUUGCGCAUGAAAGCGCUGCACGAGCAGAAAUUCGGGGUAAUGUCACUCAAGGACUGGCGUAGGAGGAGGCAGCUCGCUAAGGUUCUGGAUACCACUGGUCACAGACUACGCCAGGAGAAGCAGCAGCACGAAACUUCGUUCUUUGGGGGUGUAUACUCCGCCGACGAGAGACGCGAAGGCGUGCAAAAGGUGACUCCCAUUGCACCAGACUCUUCCACGUAUGCAUUGAUGAUCAAGCAUCACGCUUAUACAUCAGGGCACCUCGACAAAACCCGCGAGCUCCUCGAAGAAAUGAGAGAAAAUAAGCAUCAUGUGCAUGGGAGUGUCUAUGUUCACAUCCUGCGAGGCUUCUGGACUCAUGGAGGAUAUGCCUUCUCUGCGUGGAAUCGCAGGAGCCUGGAAGACUUCUGGGCAGAGAUAAUGACCGCUUCCAUGCCGUCCUUGGCGACCCCUGAGAUCAUACAGCCUGCCGAAGCUCCAGAACACGACAUCCCAGAAUCUAGCGUUGAUGAAGAAGACAGGUCUGAUAUGCUCGGCGCCAUGAUGAUCGACCAUCAGCAGACUCAAGUCAACAGUCCUCAUGAAGAACCCGACUUGGACGAAGAACCCGUAGAAAUUGACACAAACGAGCUCGAACGGCCAACAUACUUCGCCAAAGGCCUGGCGCUAGCAGCUGUGCACGCCUUCUACAAAUGCACCGGAAGCAAGCGAAUGCUGGAAGUGUGGGAUGAUAUCCAGACAAGGUGGAAAGACGCUCCUGAAGACGAGCGGGAGAAAGUCCAAGACGCUGUUGAUCGAAUGAUCAGGCAGGAUAGCAUAUAUAUCCAUUGA